AUGGAGAAUGAUCCACCAGAGAUCGACUUAGACUUUCUCCGAUAUGCUCAAGACAUCAACGAAAGCAAGAGUUUGAAGAAGUUCAUGGAGAACAACAGCCGCGAACGGACACGCUCUCGACCGCGGACACCGCAAGGCAACGGGGGCAUCGCUCCCACUCUUUCCGGCGAUGCUCCUUCUCAAAGCAAACGCCUAGGCCCCGAAGGAUGCGAAAAGCCUCAAAUUACGUCGAUUUGUACUAAUACAGUAAGAAGGAAAGGUGAACACUUCUCGAGUCUCAGUAAUGGCUCUAGACGUUGGAUAGAGAGCCCGACGCCGAGCAAUGAUAGCGCAGAGGGCGAGAUGGGCUUCGUGCGUGAGACGAUGCACGACGCGCUCGGCAGACUGCGCGAACUCGAAGAACAGGUCAAAACAAUUCCCAAGUUACAGGUGCAAAUAUCGAUCCUGGAGCAGCAAAAGGCACAGCUGAAGCGCGAUCUAGCCAGAGAACGAGAAUCCAACAGAGACAUGGACAGAUCCGCUGAAUCCGUGCGCGAUCAGUGGAUUCAAAACGAAAAGAAGCUCAAAAUCGAGAACGAGGCACUUUUGCUCCACAUCAAGCAACUCGAGGCGAUUGUCGAGAAGGUCAAUUGCGAAGUUCGCUCCAUUGCGGCACAAACAGAUUUUAGCUGCUUGCGGCGUAACGCCAGACGUGAGGUUCUUCACAUCGAUGAUGAUUACGAAUCCUCAGAUUCUUCCUCUCUAUCAGAUUUUUCUGUUAAAAAGCGAAAGAGAAGACCUCCAACGCGCUCAGUCGCCUGUGGCGGUUUUGAAUACCUUGAGAAUAUCAUUUGCUACGACCGAACUACUCUCCGUUCUGUCGGAAUCGGAACAACAACCAGCAGCCGCGACUUUGGAAAUUACGUGAAUUUCCGCACUGAGCGCCAGUUCCAAAACAAGGUCGACAAAUCUGUGGGAAAUCACGUAGAAACGCGCACUGUUGCUUCUCACGCCAAACCUUCAACUCGAGAGAAGCGAAUCGGCAAAUCCCGCCCGUCUAUCGUGGAUGCUUCUACUGCUCCCAUUAGUCAACUCACACAAAAUAAGUCUAUAAGCUGCGAAUUGAUGAAUUCUUCGGCCCCAAAAGUUGUAGAGAAAACUGUUGUACAAACAGUCGUCGAGAAAGAAGUCGUCCACGUCGAAGUUCCAGUGGAACAGCCAAAGCCAGAAACAAAAGAUGCUUCCAUUGAGACUUUUAACCAAACUGUAGAUUCUUCGACAGGGCCAGAUGAAGCAUCUUCAGUUGAUGUUGGCUCCUACGUCAACUGGUUCGCAGAGAACUCGAGAGCCAGAAGAGUGCAGACUUCAAACGUGCAAACAAUAAGUACGGAGACGGAGACCGAUGUUACUGAAAUGUGCGAUGUUGGAUGCGCUGCAGAAGAGGAAGCUUUACCUGUAGAGACUAGCGAAGCUUCAACCGAGACGGAGCCAGUUUCACCACUCCUAGAGCGGACUGAGCCGAGAACUCUCGACUUGGAUGAAGACGAAAUGCUUAUGAUCUUCGGUGAUAAGUGUAACGUCGAAACAAAUGAAACUUCGGCAGGGCCUGAUAGCACUAUCGAUGAAGCUACGCUGGAAAUCGUCCGGAACUUUACAUUUGAAAAUCCACAGAUCGUCGAGGAAAUUCUUAACGCUAAGCUUCUCGAACCUGAAGAAAAUGUAGAAGAGGACGAUGAGGUGACACCUAUUCGAGAGAACUCAUCAAGUGACUCAAAAGAAACUAUUCCUGAAGAAUUGACGACUAUCUACGACAAGUCAACUGAUAGUGCUGUUUUACCAAAACCCGACUUCGGGUCAGACGGUUACAAAUUCAUGACCGAUGUAGAAGAAGACUAUGAGCUCCCGGAAGGCGUUUACGAUCAGAUAAUUCUUAUCGAAAAGCUUUGCAAAGCCGGCGAUUCCAAAAUGGAUCCACCGAAAGAUUUGAAGAGAGAAUGGUUCAACGUGGCUGGAAAACCCAAUUCCAAACAUCAAUGGCUGGACCUUUUCAUCUCUUCCAUACAGGAACAUGGCCCUUCCGCACUGCCGGUUCUCGCGAACAGCUACGAUGCUAACGGCAAUUGUGCACUGCACUAUGCAGUUUCUCAUGGAAAUAUGGACGUUGUGCAGCGUUUAGUACAGUGCAAAUGUGUAGAUGUCAACCUCUUUAACAAAGCCGGGUACACGCCAAGUAUGCUUGCUGCGCUUAUUGACACAUCAAAAACACGCGAGUCGGACAAGCAGGACUUGACGCCGCUAAUGCAACUCUUUCGCCGUGCAGAUCUCGACCUGAAGUCGAAAAAUGAAUCUCAAACAGCUCUUAUGCUUGCUGCUAGCCACGGUCGACGAGACACUGUCAGAUACUUGCUUAUGAAUGACUGCGACGUCGACCAACAAGAUGAAGAAGGCUCCACCGCUUUAAUGUGUGCGUCUGAGCAUGGACAUGUGGAUAUUGUGAAGCUGCUGCUUGACAUGCCCACAUGUGACCCCUCGAUAAUCGACAACGACGGGGCUACUGCUCUACAGAUCGCCAUGGACAACGGCCAUCGAGACAUAGGUGUACUUCUUUAUGCCAAAAUGGAAUUCCCUGAGUGA